UUUUCGCAGAUGGAUCGCCCAAAACGACAAAUAACAAAACCGCAGAGAUACCAGACGACCUCUUUUGAUGAAGCUGCCACAACUUCAAGAAAAAUUUUUGAGAGAAACAUGGCUGUGGAGGAAGAUAUCAGGGAGUUGAGAAGAAUUUUAGAAGAAAAUUCUUCAGAAAAUAUUCAUAAAGACAUUACACCUAUAUUCACACUUUACACAUCGCCACAAAGACAAAAUGAAUACAUGCAAUUACAAACACGUGCAAAAUCAUACCCAGAAUUAUCCCACAUUACACCCUCUACAUACAUAGAACAUCAACCUGUAACAUCCUUACCUAUACUUAGUAAUAAUCAAAUAAAUAUCCAUACAAAAACUAAUGCUGUUCGAAAGUUUCAGGAUCAAAGUUGGGAUGAAUGUCGCAAUGCUGAAGGUCAAGAGAUGCAGGACGAUAAAGGCGAUAGAACGGAAAAUCGGAAAAUUCACAAUCGGCUUGACCACGUACAGGCAGAAUUGAGGAAAUUAAACAAUACGAUGGAGCGUAUUUUAAGAUCCAUGCAAAAUAAUCAGAAUCGACGCCGUGCGUUGGAGAAACCAACUUGCUUGCCCAUUUCUACCGAGGCAGAGAUGUUGGAUUUUGAGUCGGCAAACGAAGACACGUAUAAACAAGUGGUGGAAUAUUUGGAAUACAUAGGAGGAUUCAACGUCAAAGAGUCGGUGAACCUGUGUUUCAAAGAAGCUAUAAAGGACAGUGUGGCAACCGCGUUCACAUGGUUUGGCCGUGAGGAAGGCCGUCAACGAGCACUGUACAAACAGCGUAUAGUACUGGCAAUUUACGACGCUGUUAGCAAUAAUCGCCACUUCAAUAAACCUAGCCGGACGGAGUUCCAGAUGUGUAUGCGCGACGCUUUGCGGGCGGCAAAACAACGCCAUAGGAUGAAUAUCCGCGAGCCACGUGAGCGACGUAUGGCCCGCAGGUUAUGGGAUGACGAGCAGGGCGAACCGCAGGAUGAAGCUAUAGAAGCGCCUAAUGAAAACAAUUAAAUGACACUUCUUGCAAGAUGUGGAGUCAUGGACCUAAAAGAGAGAAAAUAAGUAUAUAUAACAUAAGUAUUACAUGCAUGCAUAUGUAAAUAUAUAUAUAUAUAUAUCUUUACUCUAUAUAUAUAUCUCUCUCUCUUUACUUCAAAAAUCUUUACUCUAUAUAUAUCUCUC